AUGAAGCUAACAGGAAGAAAGGUGAACAUCCAAUCUCUAGUUAAAUCCCCCAGCUUAUACAUAGUAGCAAGACCCUCAUUCUCUGACGCAGAUCAGUUGUGCUAUAUUGAUACCAGACUGGAAUGUUUGGAGAAACUUUGUUCUGAAGUUGUAACAACUGCGUCCGGUGAACCGCUUAUAGACAAGAUGAGGUUCUUCCACGGCCACAGCCCAUCACGCCAAUAUGAAGCUAGUCAGCAAAAAGGAGGAAGUUACCAUUGUGCUGUGUGUGGUGCAAAUGCUCACCGUGCGUAUGAACUAGAUUAUGUGUUUCGUUGCCCACAUAUGUCUCUGGGUGAUCGACAGCGAUUGGUAUUAAAGGGCCCAUGUGGUAAGGUAAAUUCCUUACCACUUAGCAAAAUCAAAGAAACAUUUCACGGACUGACAAAACUCUUUGAUGGUGAUAAGAAGAAAGAGUUGGAAGAUCUACUGAAGAUGGAGUUGCACGGAGUUCAGCGAGUGCCGGCAUAA